UAGCAUGGCCGUAAAUCGACGGUAUUGGCCUCUGGGUGGUAUCCCACAGUACACCACUGUAACUGCUCUGGAAAGCAAUCUGAACUUGGAUGCACUGGCCAGGUAGACAGGAAAAGCCCCGCAAACUUUUGAAUUUCAUUUCCUGUUUGGCCAGCGUGGAGAGCUCACCAGCACAGGUGACCACGCAGAGCUCAUCAGCACAGGUAACAAUGCAGUCUCCUGAGAAUUGAAAAAGAGCUCCAGCAUGGACCACACGGGAGGUACUGGAUCUGAUCGCUAUAUGGGGAGAGGAUUCUGUGCUAACAGAACUCCGUUCCAAAAGACGAAAUGAAAAAACAUUUGAAAAAAUGUCCAAGGCUAUGAUGGAGAAAGGCCACACCAGGGACUCAGUGGAGUUAAGGAAAGUUAAGGAGCUCAGACAAGCCUACCAGAAAGUUAAGGAGCUCAGACAAGCCUACCAGAAAACCAAAGAAGCAAGCGGAAGGUCCGGGGCAGGGCUGAAAACAUGCCGCUUCUUCGCUGAGCUGCAUGCAAUUCUAGGGGGGUCCAUCACCAGUUCCCCACCUCUGUCCGUGGAUUCCGAGGUGGGGGUGGUAAUCUCAGCCAUGGCUGAGGAUUCUGUGGACAUGGAAGAUGAGGAGGACGAGCUUGCAGCAAGCACACAGCACUCCAUUCUCCCCAACAGCCAGGAGCUUUUUCUCAGCCAGACGGAAUUACCCUCCCAGCCCUCCCAAGCCACUAGCCCAGACAAUGAAGCCAUGGAAGCGACCUCUGCUGCAAAUUUUUCAAGCCUCCCUACUCCAUCCCGAAGGCUAUCUCAGAUAAGGUGGCGGAAAAAAAAGACACGAGACAAAAUGUUCUCGGAAAUCAUGGAAGUGGCCCGCAAUGAAAGAGGUCAUCUGAAUGAGUGGAAGGACGUGGUAUCAAAUUACAGGAAAGAUGCCAGUGAACGUGAGGAGAGGAGGGACACUCGAGAUGAGAGGUGGCCGCAGGAAGAUCAGCGGUGGCGGGAUGCAACGGUGGGUCUGCUGCAUGAUCAAACUGACAUCCUUUGAUGUCUAGUGGAGCUUCAGGAACAGCAGCAGGGUCACAGAGUGCUGCUGCAGCCCCUGUGUAACCACCUUCACCCCUCAUCAUGUUCCAUAUCUUCCUCACCCAGACGUGUAAGAAUGCGUGGGGGAAGGCUUCGUGCACCUGCCCACUCCACCCCUGUGGACAGCCCAACCAAAAGGCUGUCAUUACUUUGCAGUUUCUUUAGUGGCCUCUUCCUUCCCUCCUGUCCUCCUCCCAAACCACACCUGGGCUACCUUGUCAGUUCUUUCUCUCUUUUUAUAAUGACUUAAUAAAGAAUACAUGAUUUUUAAACGAUAGUGACUUUAUUUCCUUAAGCAAGCUGUAAUUGAAGGGGGAGGGUGGGUUGCUUACAGGGAAUGAGUCAAUCGAGGGGAAACAAACACAGCAAUCACACCGUACCCUGGCCCGUGAUGAAACUCCUUUUCAAAGCUUCUCUGAUGCGCACCACUUCCUGGUGUGCUCUUCUAAUC